AGUAUAAGAGCUGAAGGGAGCGGCGGGCGGCAGACGCCUGGAAACCAUCCCAGACAGCGGAGCCCGAGCCCAGCGGAGUCCCCAGCCCUCUCCAGUCCGCUCCGGGUUCGCGCUUCUCCGCCCCACCAUGGCCCGGGGCCCGGGCCUCGCGCUGCUAUCGCUGUCGCUGCUGCCGCCGCUCCUGCUGCUGGUGGCGGUGAUCGGCCACGCAGCCGCGCAGGACAACUGUACGUGCCCCACCAACAAGAUGACCAUGUGCGAAAGGAGCGGCCCGGGCGGCCGCUGCCAGUGCCGCGCGCUCGGCUCAGGCCUGCUGGUCGACUGCUCCACGCUCACGUCCAAGUGUCUGCUGCUCAAGGCGCGCAUGAGCGCGUCCAAGAGCGGCCGCGCGCUGGUGCGUCCGAGCGAGCACGCGCUCGUGGACAACGACGGCCUGUACGACCCGGAUUGCGACCAGCAGGGCAGCUUCAAGGCGCGCCAGUGCAACCAGACGUCCGUGUGCUGGUGCGUGAACUCGGUGGGCGUGCGCCGCACCGACAAGGGCGACCAGAGCCUGCGCUGCGACGAGCUGGUGCGCACCCACCACAUCCUCAUCGACCUGCGCCACCGCCCGGACACCCGCGCCUUCAACCACUCGGACCUGGACGCCGAGCUGCGGCGGCUUUUCCGGGAGCGCUACCUGCUGCACCCCAGGUUCGUGGCUGCAGUGCAUUACGAGCACCCCACCAUUCAGAUCGAGCUGCAGCAGAACGCGUCGCAGAAGGCCGCCGGCGACGUGGACAUCGCCGAUGCAGCCUACUACUUCGAGAGGGACGUCAAGGGCGAGUCGGUGUUCCCUGGCCGCGGCGGCCUAGACGUGCGCGUGCGCGGAGAGCCCCUGCUGCUGGAGCGGACGCUCAUCUACUACCUGGACGAGAAGCCCCCCCAGUUCUCCAUGAAGCGCCUCACCAGCGGCCUCAUCGCCGUCAUCGUGGUGGUCGCGGUGGCCCUCGUCGCCGGCGUGGUUGUCCUGGUGGUCACCAACCGGAGGAAGUCUGGGAAAUACAAGAAGGUGGAGGUCAAGGAACUGGGGGAGAUGAGAAAGGAACCGAGCUUGUAGGUACCGGUGGGGCUGGGGUCCGGUGGGGUAUCAGAUUUCAGCAAGGUCCCAGACCCAAAUGAGUCAUGCCUCUUGCCUGAUUCUUGGCCCCAAGGGGACAUUUCUCCUCCCAAGCCCCUGCCCCCCACCCACAUGGCUACCAAAUGUUAAUAGAUCCUAUUCUCAGGGUCACCUCUCUUUCUGACUGCUCUCCUGAAAGAAGCAUUUCUAAAAAUCCUUCCUUUUCAGUCCAACCAGAAACCUUAUUGGAAGACUAAGGGAAGUUUGGCAUAGGGUUAUGUAUAAGAAUCUAGUGUCUGUAUGACAACCCAGCAUCGUUUACAAGUGACGCAAUCGAUGUUGAAGGCUUAAAUGCGUUUAGGUGGGAAACAGUGCUUUUACUGACUUGGGUUUAAGUUAUUUGAUUAGCUCCACUUGUAUCGUGACCUUCCUGAUGAGGAGUUUGCUAAUUGGGCCUGUGUAGUAUCCUCAUUUACCAUCGUUUGUAUUACCGACCACAUAUUCGUGUCACUGGGAAAGAAGCCUCUUUCAGCUGUUUCCUUUUAGAUGUCUUUGUUGGAAGGCAGACUGUGGCCCAGAAACUCAGCAUCUGUUCUUCAGCUUGCCCUUCUUACAGCUGCUAUUAAUAACGUUUCUUUUGUAAAAUGUUUGUACAUAGGUUGUCUUUGAUAAUGCUGUUGUGAUUUUUUUAAAACACGAAUUUAAUAAAAAUAUGGAAAAGA